AAUGGGGACACCAGGCGCGAUGGAUCUCGAUCUGGAGAAUAUUGUCGCUAACGCAACGGCCCCUCACGAAAUGCAGCCUCUUGUAAAUAAGAUAAAGGAAUUAGAGCAAUCGUUGAAGCGACGUGAACAGGAGAUGUUAGAACUACGUUCGCAGUUAGAUAAAUUGCAGAGUGUGUUCCCGUACCAACAUUAUGGAAGAGGGUCCAGGGCUCCGAGGAAGCAGAGAGCUCAAGGUAUUUCUGCAGAGCCGCAGACGAGUUCAUCGUUGCAGGAUCUGGCUCAUCAAACAUUCCCGGUCUAUGACAAAAGUGAGAUAUCACGGGAGCUGAUAAAGAGUGCUAUCCUAGACAACGACUUCAUGAAGAAUUUGGAAAUGACGCAGAUUCGUGAAAUCGUCGACUGUAUGUAUCCAGUCGAAUAUGGCGCUGGUAGUCUCAUUAUAAAAGAAGGAGAUGUUGGCAGCAUCGUUUACGUUAUGGAAGAGGGCAGAGUUGAAGUUUCGCGCGAAAACAAGUACCUCAGCACGAUGGCUCCGGGUAAGGUGUUCGGUGAGCUGGCGAUCUUGUACAACUGUAAGAGAACCGCAACCAUCAAAGCAGCCACCGACUGCCGACUUUGGGCCAUCGAACGACAAUGUUUCCAGACCAUCAUGAUGAGAACUGGACUUAUUAGACAGGCUGAAUACACUGAUUUCCUUAAGAGUGUGCCGAUAUUUAAGAACUUACCAGAAGACACACUGAUCAAAAUCUCGGACGUAUUAGAAGAGACCCAUUACCAGAACGGCGACUACAUCAUUCGACAAGGUGCCAGAGGAGAUACGUUCUUCAUUAUAUCCAAAGGACAGGUCAAAGUUACACAAAAGCAGCCCAAUAGCAAUGAUGAUAAAUUUAUUAGGACCCUCACUAAAGGUGAUUUCUUCGGCGAAAAAGCAUUGCAAGGAGACGAUCUUCGAACGGCUAACAUUAUUUGCGACUCGCCAGAGGGCACCACGUGUCUCGUGAUCGACAGGGAAACCUUCAAUCAACUUAUUUCUGCACUUGACGAGAUCCGAACAAAAUAUAAGGACGAGGGUGAUGAUAGACACAGACUCAACGAAGAGUUCGCCAACUUAAGGUUGUCGGACCUUCGCAUCAUCGCCACAUUGGGUAUCGGCGGUUUUGGACGAGUGGAACUCGUACAGAUCCAAGGCGAUUCCAGUCGGUCCUUUGCAUUGAAGCAGAUGAAGAAGGCCCAAAUCGUUGAGACGAGACAGCAACAACACAUUAUGUCAGAGAAAGAGAUAAUGUCUGAAAUGAACUGCGAAUUUAUAGUCAAGCUCUACAAGACAUUUAAAGACCGUAAAUACUUGUAUAUGCUGAUGGAGACUUGCCUUGGUGGAGAACUAUGGACUAUUUUAAGGGACAAAGGUAAUUUUGAUGACGCCACUACGAGAUUCUAUACGGCGUGCGUUGUUGAAGCCUUCCACUAUUUACAUUCUAGGAAUAUAAUUUACAGAGAUCUCAAACCAGAGAACUUAUUGCUUGACUCGAAGGGCUACGUGAAAUUGGUGGACUUUGGAUUUUCAAAGAAAUUGCAAACGAGUCGAAAAACAUGGACAUUUUGCGGGACGCCGGAGUACGUCGCGCCAGAGGUUAUUAUGAACAGAGGACAUGACAUUAGCGCCGACUAUUGGUCUUUGGGUGUACUAAUGUUCGAGUUACUCACCGGUUCCCCGCCGUUCACGGGAGCCGAUCCUAUGAAAACGUACAACAAGAUCCUGAAAGGCAUAGACGCGGUAGAAUUCCCACGCUGCAUAACGCGCAAUGCUGCCAACCUUAUCAAAAAAUUGUGUCGCGACAACCCUGCCGAGCGGCUCGGGUAUCAGCGUGGCGGUAUCACUGAAAUACAGAAACAUAAAUGGUUCGAUGGCUUUAACUGGGAGGGCUUAGCUCAACGUACAUUGGAACCUCCAAUAACACCCGUCGUUCAGUCAGCAAUCGAUACGCAUAACUUCGACCAGUACCCGCCUGACGCUGAUGAACCGCCACCUGACGACUUAUCCGGAUGGGAUGCCACAUUCUAAGUUGUCGCGACGAGGCAACGAUUGAGAAACCAUGUCGGAAACAACAUCACUAUAAAAUAUAGACAAUAUUAUAGAUUAACAUGUGCCUUAUGCAAACGAAUGAUCUGGGUGAUACCUAAAAAUUUGACGACAAUUUUAAUACAUAAUAAAAUAAAUACUAAAAAUA